AGAGGGAGAGAGGGAAGAUGAUGAAAAAUAAGUAAAAAGAGAAGAGAGCUGAGAGCGGGGGGGAAUCUUAUUUUCUUACGAGCGGAAAAGGCGUCACACCGGGCGCAGAGCGCAGCACGGAGGACGGAAGAGAGGGAGACGCAUCACGGGGGGAGAGAGAUAGAAAAGACGGAGGGAGGAGGCGACAGCGGGUCGUAAACACGACAGAAAACGGCGUAUAGGACGGCAGACAGCGGCGAUCACCCCCCGCCGCCACCCCCGAGUCCCUCCUCAUCUCUCCAUCUCCAUCCUUUUCUGCACCGUUUGUCUCAUUCCUUUGCGCACCAAAGCGGCUCGGUGAUUCUGGGGUUUAUCUCUAUAUUUGAAUCUUUUCUGGGCAAACCGCUGCAGAAUAAACAUCAGCGGCAAGAGAGGAGAGGAGAGCCAUCACCACGACCGACGGGAUCCACCGUAGGUCCUGCCCGGGACGAUCAUCGGCGCAUCUGAUUCGGCGGAUAAAAGCGGAGCGGGGGGGAGGAAAACACUGCGCGAUGACUGUAGAGUAACCCCGCUGAAGCAGAGAGAGAGAGAGAGAGACACCCCGGCCCCCGGUUAUCACCGUCUCCAGCAUCACCAAUGCGAUGGUAUAGCGGCUUCUGCACCAAAACUGCCAGACUAGACUCAGAUCAGCAGGGCUCUCAUCCACCAUGAACCUCUGAAAUAUCCGACACAGGCACAGAUGGGAUGAAUCCUGAUCAGUGUGGACAUUCACCUUUUCUCUGAUGCCACCGUCAGGAUGAAAAUGCGGCGGCACAGGGUGUUCUUGCUGUGCACGGUGGGCCUGUGCGUCAUCUCCUUCCUCCACUACUACAAGGCCCUCCACUAUGUCUCCCUGCUGCGUGAGCUCUCCGCCCCAUACCCCAACAUCAAGUCCUUCAUCAUGGUCACUGGCUUCUUCUGGAGGGAGAAAGGUGUGGCUGCCACCCCACUCAGUCCCGCCUCCCCGGAAGAGGCCCCUCCCCUACCCGUUCUCCACCAAUUGGACACCAAAGCUAGAGGAGUGGCGGGUGCUGCGGGAGGAGGGGGAGGAGGAGGGAUGGGUUUGGGGAUUGAGGGGGUCGUAGUUGGAGGUGCUGGGAUUGUUGGCAGCGCAAGGCUGGAGCAGAGGGAUGAUCCGGCAGCCCCUCAUCCCUGGGAGAAACCAGUGGAGAACCAGCGGGGAGACUCUCCAAAUGAGGUAGGACAGGAGAGAGCUGAAGACCAUUUAAAGCCACGGAACCCCAGCCACCAAGCUCAACCUGCUGGGCCUGACCUUCCAGAGGUCGCGUUGGGUGGAAAAGAACACCAGGUGGUGUUCCUCAAGGAUCAGUUUCAGGAACCCUUAGAAUCCAUGGGAGACCUCCACACCCGCACUCACCAGCUUCAAGAUGACAAAACACCUUACUUUGUCAGAACCAAAGCUGGAGCACUUUGCUUCAGGCAAGGGACGGAGGUGGCUACCCCAAAGGAGUACUCUGGGAAAGCAGGUGGGGCUGUCGCUAAUGGAGGUGGGGACGGUGCUCGGGCCGGGGCUGCUGGGCAACGGAAACCUCUGCAAGUCCAGCAGCAGCCCUCCAUAGCGCCAAAAGCCAAGGCGAGGGCCAGGGGAAAUGGGAAGCGGCUGGUCAAGUGUGUGUGUCGGCCAGGAUGGCACGGGCCUUACUGUGGGGUUCCCACCAUGGUGUACCACUCCAAUCUACCGACCAAGGAGAGACUGACACCCAGGGAGACCCCGCGGAGGGUGAUCAACGCUAUCAACGUUAACCACGAGUUUGACCUGCUGCACGUACGCUUUCACGAGCUCGCCCAAGCCGUUGAUCUGUUCCUUGUAUGUGAAUCCAACUUUACUGCGUAUGGAGAGAAACGGCCGCUGAGUUUCCUGCGGCUCCUCCUCAAUGGUACAUACGAUUACAUACGUCACAAGAUCCUGUACGUGUUCCUCGACCACUUCCCAGAGGGCGGUCGGCAGGACGGCUGGAUUGCUGAUGACUACUUGCGCACCUUCUUGACGCGUAACGGCAUGUCCAGGGUGGUGGGCUCCAGGUCAGACGAUGUCUUUGUCAUCAAUGACGCAGAUGAAAUCCCAGCGCACGAGGGUCUCCUGUUCCUCAAACUAUUUGAUGGCUGGACAGAACCUUUCGCCAUCCACAUGCGCAAGUCACUGUAUGGAUUUUUCUGGAAGCAGUUUGGGUCUCUAGAGGUGGUAUCAGGUUGCACUGUGGGGAUGCUCCGGGACGUCUACGACGGUGACGGCAUCAAACUGCGGCGGCGUGAAUACUACACCAUGCCUGGUUUCCGCAAAUACGAGAACGACACUGGCCACAUCCUAGUGCAGUGGUCGGUGGGCAGCCCCUUCCACUUCGCUGGGUGGCACUGCUCCUGGUGCUUCACGCCAGAGGGGAUCUACUUCAAGCUGGUGUCAGCACAGAAUGGAGACUUCCCGCGUUGGGGUGACUACGAGGACAAACGAGACCUCAACUACAUCCGUGAUCUGAUCCGGAGAGGGGGUUGGUUCGAUGGCUCCACACAGGAAUAUCCCCCGGUGGACCCCAAAGAGCACAUGUACGCCCCCAAGUUCAUGCUCGAGCACUAUGACAGAUACCGCUACCUCCUGGAGAACCCUUACAACAAAGCGUCCAGACUGAGUGAGGGAUAGGGAGUUCAGCUGACAGAUAUAUGUGAAAUAACUAGUAGGGCCCAAGUGAGGCCUCAGCACUAAGUUGGGGGGGGCGGAACAUUACUGAUGAACUACAUCUCUCAUUGGAGUGAUACUACAUGUAUCUCCACCGGGCAGCACUGAUGUUGCAGGGAUUUAAAAUCUCUUAAAAAUCAUUGUUGGGGUCAAAAAAGGGAACAGUGAAUCACAUCCACCAUGGAUUGCAGAGAGAGCAUUGAGAGGAUACAACCACUGGAUAAACAAAAUCAUAGAUUUCCUCAUUCCUCCCUUUUUGGGGGAAGAGCCAAGCUAUCUCUCUUUUUGUCACCCCACCCUUGUCCUCCUUUUCUUCACCUGAUCUGAUUCGACGCGCCUGCUGUCUGAGAGAAAGGGGUCAAAAGAAAAGUAAGGGAUGCUUUGCAGGCGUGUGAAACCUGUGCAGAGGAGAAACGUGGGAGUGAAGGACUGUUUUUUGUUUCUGUCUGUGUUUACUAAAGUUUUCGGACUGGCCGGUGUUCCCACUUCACUCUCCGCCUUCAGAUGUCUUCCUGUCAUAUUUGGUGACUUCCUUCCAGAAACAGAAACACGUUCAGAUAUUGCGUUUUUCUUGUGUCUCGGUAGAAAAUUCUAAAUCAUAUUUAAACCCUGCUGGAGUGCCCAUCGCCAAAUGAAAAGGAAUGACUCCAUGGAGAUGUUUCAGCUUCUUCAUGUACUCACACAUCCACAUGCACCUUAGACCUGUCUGUGUGUUUGUCUAAAAGUGUGUGGCGUGUCUUUGUAUCAUAUUGUUUUGGGCUGUGAAGGGGGGCCAAGAUCAGGGAGAGGAAAUAGAAGGCAAAAAAGAAGCACGGGGGGGUGGGAAAGACGUCGAGAUGAGAAAAACAGCACGAGCAAGACAGAAGGCAGGAAAGAAAGGAGGAUAAUGAGGGAGGAAGACAGCGGCAAUGAAAAGGAGAAGAAAGGAGACUUUUUCUACGUUCCCUUCCCCACAGCGUCUGCUGACGCACAAGAGAUUUGGUAGGGAUGAGUGUGCAGAAUGUGUGUGUCCCCCAGAGCUUACAGAUAGCCCUGAAUAAAUCAUGCCCUGUCAAUGGCAUCCGAGAAAGAUGAAACCCGCUGUUAGUUUGUCCGAUGAGAACAAUCGAGACUAGCUGGGGAAAGAUCACCCUUCAGUUUUUGUCUCACUGUCUGUCCAGCAGCUGAGAUUACUUUUGUUUCCUUGGAAACUAAAGUAUGUGGAAAAGGGAGAUGGGAUGGGUGUUGUUCAGAUGAGUGGGUGGGUUCACAUCAGGCAAGAAGCUGCAGCGUUCAGACGAGGUCAGCGCCGGGCGUAGAUCCCCCCGGUUAAAUAUUCCCUCUUUCUCUUCUGCUGUCAAUCGCCCACUCUCUGAAAAUGACUCUUCAAAGCUUUUUCUGUUUCUCUCCUGUCGUCUCUCUUUUUUUUUUUAUGCUGCUGUCUUUUUUUCUGUCUUUGGUGUGUGUAUUUCUGCUUAAUCCUCAUUAACAAGGCAUAUUUUUUCCUGUCUUCAAUUCAAUUAUUCUGUCUUUCACACAUUCCCCUUUCUGUCAGAAACUUUGAAAUGACUCUUCCUCUAACUCUCCUUCACCCACACACCUACACACACACACACACACAUUUACACUGCCUCUCACACUCCAUUUUGGGUGUGUAUCUAUUUCCUGUUAAUCCUCACAAGAAUUCCCCAUUUCAACAAUAGGGGUGUAUUUAUCUUCGCUCUGCCUCAUUUCUCUUGCCCUGUCCCUACAGGACAAGGCAGCCGUUACCAUGGCGAUGCCUUCCCUUUUGCACACAGAUCACUAACAUGUUAACAUUUAGGCAUGAGCGCUUACGCCCGUUGUCUUCUCCCCGUCAGAGACGGCUGUCGAUGUGGCUAGAGGCUCACAUCCCCACCCCGAAUUGUCAAAGAUUUGGCGAGCAUACUUUUCUCUGUGGGUGUGUGUCAUGUGGGCUGAGGCCAGUGGGGGAAGCUGGGUUACAUUCUUGUCAGGGGCAAGCAAAUCAUUGCAGCAAUAUUUACAAUGGUAGGGUAAACAUGUAGCACACAAGCACUGAUAAAAAAAACAGUACAAUGAUUUUUCUUUUAAUUGCAGAUUGAUUGCGUCCACCAUCUGCUUCUUCAACGCCUGUCUGGGCUUCACAAAUACUGUUUAUCUCAGCUUCAGACUAGACACUGUUUCAAGGUGAACAGCUCCUGAAGAGGAGUAACAAGUUUUGGGGACUAAAUUUCCUGAGUUGCUGAGGAGAAAUGCUGGGACUGAGAAUAUUUUUAAACCUAAAGGCAAAAGUUUGAAGGUCUCAAGACGCCUAUUUCACUUUGCUGAAAGUAUCCUUGAGAAAGACAUUGAGCCACAACGUCCUCACUUAUCAUUUAGUCCCUUUGCAUGAUGUCAGCUGAAGCCCUAAAAUGUAUAAUGAAAGUUUCUGGAUGAUGAUCUGAGUCAGUAGUGAUGCAGGGAAUUAGCAAAACUGGCACUGGUGUCCCUCAGUCCAUCAGCGUGCUGGCUCUUCAUGGCUGUGAGCUCAUGCUGGGAGAAUCAGAUUAGCCAACAGGCCGCUGACAGUUGUGUCGGGUCUGUACUGCUGCCUCAAUGGCAGCGUGGUCUGCGGUGGCAGCUGUUAGGGGUUUGGCAUCGGUGUCCAGAGCCAAGCUUCCGUCCAAACCCAGAGGGGCUGCGGAGGAACGAGCUUUAAAUAGGAUUUGACAAGAGACGACACCAAUGCUGGAUGAAACGCUUUUUUGUUCUUAAAUUAGCCUUUUGAAAAGGUAAUGAUUGAUUAUGAUUGAUGGAACAAAAAUGAGGGGUAGGCAACUUGAGUCUCGGUUUAACAAUUUAAGAGUAGAUGUAUUUUAGAGAUGUUAAAGCAUGAAUUCAGGCUGUUGUUCAGAAUAGAUGGUUGCGGAUCAUUUUGCAUCAAAUCACUAAUAUUUUUUUGCUGCUUUUCUGGCAUCUGUCCAGGCUGAUUUUUGAGCUUUUCUAGUAAAAAACACUUCUGAUGUGUGUGUUUUCUGAUCUCAGCAGUUAACACAAAAAUAACCAAAUUAUCUUAAUUGGAUUUACAAAACACAAACAAAACUCGCCUGCUUCCCGCUGGCUUCGGGGCUUGAAACCGCAACCAUGCAUAGACGCUCGCUCUGUGUGUCAGUCUGGUGAAAAAUGAGUUCAUCCUGUCAUUUACACGGAGCCAUAUGCAAAAAAACAAAAAAACAAGAAGUUAGUGCUUUGUAACCAAACGUCAUCUCAGAAAUGUGACCACAGGGGUGUCGGUUCAAUCCCAUCAAGGGUUGGGGCGUGUGUUUGUGUUUAAGCUCUGCCAAAAGGCAUCUAACCAGAGUUUACUCCCAACGCUCAGCCUGCUGCAGUCAGGCUGCACAUCUGGUGAACAGCAUUUCUGUGUGUGUGUUUUCAUAUCAGUAUGCAUGCUGUGCACUUUUAAACCCAUUUGUGUGUGUGUGUUGGGGGGGGGGGGGGGGGAGAGAGCAAGCAUAACAGGCAUUGACUUAUACCAGAUAAGGUUGUCUGGCACGCUGAAAGAGAAGUCAGGGUUACUUCACUUGGUCUGUUGCCCUGUCAUCACCAUGGUAACGAUCGCCUUGAUGAAUUCCUGAGAUCCCUAGCAGCCUGAGGUCAUCAGCCAGACCAGUAGGAUCAGCAAUGAGGGAGAAUGAUUAGAGAAAUCAAAACAUUUUUCCAUUUUUCUCAUUGCUCAGUCACUUUCAGUAAAUGUCACAGCACUGCAGAGCUGAGUUGACACAUAUUUGCUGCGUACCCCAUUACCCAGCACACACCUCUAUUUUCUUUUUUUUCUUUCUACACUUUGUUUUUGUUAUGGAAACAUUUUUUUGGGACUGAGCAAAGACAGGAAGACAAGAAAAAAAGAGAGAAUCCUGUUUCAAACAAAGCCAAGGCUUGAUGAACGGAGAGUCAAAUCCAAAAAGAGACAUUUCAGAAAUAAUCCUUCCACCGCCGCCAUUCCCAGUGACAGCCUUAUUGGAUGGAGCAUGGUCAUGACACAGGGGAGAGGAGGGAGGUAAUAAGCUUGACCAAACAGCUUUGAUUUUUCACUUUGAUGAGGGAAAGUCAUCACAGCGAUGAAAUAAAAAUCGUCCAAACGAAGGGAGCAGCUCAUCAUCCUUGUAAAAAGGAAAUCUAUAACCCAGUGACAGUUUAAGUGAGAACGAGGUUGUGUUGUUGAACGAUGGAAGCGGUGUUUGUGCCACCUCGCUGGGCUUGUAAUGGAUUUAAAGGGUUUGACAUCCAGAUAGGAGGGGGAAUGUCUUGCUCAAGGACACUUCAGCAGAUUGUGGCCACUCAGCUGACGUUAUAGGUCCUGCAACAUUUAUGUUAGUGGACACAUUGACCUGGUGCAGGAUCAAUCCUAAAAAGCCUAUAAACACAAUACAGCCCCACCUUAAUUCGGUCAGGUGUUCUCGGGCACUCCGCCAACAAAUAAACACGACUGCAUGCUUCAGGUGAUUGGAACAGAGGGAAUGAAUUAAGUGUAAAAUGCAAAACUAUAAACGAGAUGGAGUGAUGCCGCUGCGGACAGCGGUUUGGAGUUGUGUUGCUAGGAUACUGCUCGUUGCCGUCUUUAUUUCCUUUCAGCUGUUGAACUUAGCAAUAGGAAGCAAACAUGGACCCGUUUAGAAGGUUGGAAGUGCUGUCAGGGUGUUCUCUAAAGAGAUAUUUACAUUAUUCUCUGUUGUAGGUUUUCUGCUGCAGUAUCCAGUUAACUGUUGGAUAUCAUCAAACUGACUUUUGCUUAAUGCAACAUAUAUUCUUUGAAAAAAAGAAUUAAUUUAUUGAGUUGUUUGGGAUUAUUCUUGCACAGGAUUUAUGCACCUAAAGGCUUAAAGGGGCACUGCAGUGAUUUAGUAUUGCACUUACAGACAGAUUAAAAAAAUUACGGUCAAAAUUGGUGCAGCUGAGACCAAGAUGUCCUCUAAAAACUGAGCAAAAUGCAGCUCAACAGCGUCUUCUUCAGAGGAUGUUAUGCAACUAUUUUCACAGGCCUUUCACAACUAACCAUGACCAGGAAGUUGAUCUUUAUGCGUAAAAUCAUUAAUGACCUUUUAAGUUAGCUUUAAAGAUACCGAAUCAAAAAAAAAAAAGUCACAAACAUCAGCCUUUGAAUGUCCCAUCUUCGGUCCAAGCCUCCUUUCAGCACG